CUAGAGAUAUAUGCUUUGUUCUAUCAUACCGAACCCAAUCGACAUGUGUAUAGUGCGCUCGGGUGCCAGUCAAUUUGACUUGUAGUUAACAAGGAAGAUAAACGUUAAAUUCUAGAGGCUAUCGGCUAGCCAGACGAUAUCAGUGGCACGGGCGGAUCGGCUAUAUUUUGGCCGAUUUGUGGAGAGGCAAGCCACGCCUAGGAUGAUGCAAGCUGCAGACAACACCUAGGUCCUGGUGCAAUUGGCUAUGGUCAGGAUGACACGAAAGAAGCCGAUAGCGAGGAGAUCUAGGUUGGAUAACUUGUGACAAAAAAAAUUUAAAGCAAACUAGAUUAAAUGGGUCAACCUAGCAAGAUCUAAUUUGGUGUUGAUAACUGAUGGUAUAAGCAACAACAAGCUAGAUUAACGCAUCAAUUAACCUAACAGAUUGAAAAUUUCUUCCAAUAACUUGGUGACCAAACUAAACCCCGCCAGACGGAUCUAGAGAGCGCGAUAACUAGUGAACGGUUAGACCCUGCCGGACGGAUCUAAUGUGCUCGAUAACUAGUGAACAGCUAAACCCCGCCAGACGGAUCUAGCAUACUCGAUAACUUUGGGCGCCAUAGAUGGAGUAAAAAACGAUGCGCAACUUGAACCCAUCUUCACAACUCUACUCUGAAUUUUUCAAAAAGCGAUGGAACAUACCUGCUGAGAAGAACUCGUAAAAGAUAAAUCUACUGCAACUAGGAGUUUGGCGAAGCCGCCGACAUGAAAGUAGAUGUGGUGAAUAUAAAUGUUUUGGUUUGGAAUUGGUUGAUCAAAGUUUACGAAAAACGGAGGUAGGCUAUUUAUAGUCUAAAACUAAACCUCCUUUGCCGAUACGGCGAGAUUACACUUGCGAAUCAAGAAAACAAACUUUUCUAACUGAAUGAUACAAAAUCUAAAAUAUAACUUGCUGACUUCAACCGCCAGCCGUUGCGAUGCCCAUCUUGGCCCAAAGGCUCAAUGUCCUUCAUUCUUCCUUCUAAUCCAGCACCGGCCCAAUCUCCAUCGGCCGCUUGCCCAAUAGACUGCAAGUACAAAAAAAAAAAUGGUGUCAACACAUGCCCCCCAAUUUUAAAAUGAAAUAUUAAUUUUGUUCUAAAAUUCCUUAUUUCCUGGCAGCCCUUUCUCUUCUCUCUCUGUGUGGACUUCGAUUCCACACAAAUGACUCCUCGCGUCCGUGCUGACGGCAAGCGAAAAACUCUUUUUUGCCCUUGGUUCCAACUCUUCUCCACCACUCAAAUUGCACUGAGACUAUCUGAAUUCCAUCUUUCUCCCAUCCAAAUCAUUUCCAACUAAUCUCCACGGUCAAGACGUUCCACUUUCCUUUAGCCGAUUCAUCUUCUUCAUUGUGGCUACAAAUAGUACUCAUCGGUACAACGAACACAUCAGACUCCAUCGGCCAUUGCCUCCCUUGCCUCGAAAAAACCCUAGUCUCCAUCUUCAUUAGCAAUGGCAAGAAACAAACGCGCGGGAGAGGGUUGCUCCAACCAACCCCCUGCUCUUCGUUACCGCGGGUAAUGAAUCAGCUAUUUCUACAAUUCAGUGUAGCUCGAUUAGAUAUAACCGGCUUUUGGUUUUUCUACAGAGAUGACGAAGCUACCAGUGCGCCGCCUCGUUCUCCCUCUCCAGCAUCGUCAAAUCCUUUUGACGAUCUUGACGAGGGAACUCGGGAUCUUAUCCGGAGUCUCUAUCAGGAGGAAGACGAAGCAUGCAACAAUUAUGCCGAAGAAACCAAGAAGACCGGGCGAUUGGAGGCCCACUUGGAAGCAGCUUCUGAAGAUAUGGCUUUGACAGCACGCGCCCAACUCAUCACUGAUGCUAGGGUGGCAGUCCUGGAAUCGCAGGUUUGGGUCCUCUAUGCUGCUGCAAUCACCGCCACAGAAGUGGUGAACGCACAAGGCGAUACAGUCGCCGCCUGUCUGCAGUACACCCCCAACCAUGUUUGGGAUGUUUCUGAUUAUGGAGUUCAUCGCGGAGCCGCCAUCGCCCUCGCCGUGGUGGAGACAUUGUCCGAAAAUUACCUCCAAACCCUGCACCCAAUCUUCCCUAAAGGCAAAGCACGGGAAGAUUUUGAGGAGCUCAUCGACAACCUCGACAAAGUUUCUACCGCCAUCAGCGCUGAAUUUAGCCUCGAUGCUGUAAUUAGUAAUGUCCUCGCCGAUGAGUAGACCAGUAAUAGUAGUAGUCAGUCGAUGUAAUAGCCUGAUCAUAUAAAUCGGCCUUUUGUAAUACACUUUUAAUGAAUGAAUCAGCUUCUUCUUUCCA